GCGAUGACGGAGCGCGAGACAGAGACACACGAGAUCGUGGUCUGAACAUGGAGAGCCCGAAGAGCGUUUCGAACCAACAGCCGACUAAUAACGACCGGAUUUGCGAGCAGAAUAAACCGGGUGAGCAGCAGCAGCAGCGGCGGAGGAAAGACGAGCAAAGUGCGAACACCGCGGAGUUUUCACGCAUCAUCACGGAUCCGGUCACGGGGAAAUGUUACUGCCGUGGGAAAGUUCUCGGAAAGGGAGGGUUUGCGAAGUGCUACGAGAUGACCGAUCUGUCCGCCGGGAAAGUCUACGCGGCCAAGAUCAUUCCGCACGCGCGCGUCGCCAAACCGCACCAGCGGGAGAAGAUUAACAGGGAGAUCGAGUUGCACAGAGCACUGAUCCACAAGCACAUCGUUCAUUUCUAUCACCAUUUUGAGGACAAAGAUAACAUUUAUAUCUUGCUGGAGUACUGCAGCAGAAGAUCACUGGCACACAUCCUGAAGUCACGCAAAGUGCUAACGGAGCCUGAGGUGAGGUACUACCUCAAGCAGACGGUGUCUGCUCUGAAAUACCUGCAUGAUCAAGAGAUCCUACACAGAGACCUCAAACUAGGGAACUUGUUUGUGAGUGACUCGAUGGAACUGAAGGUUGGAGAUUUCGGGCUUGCUGCCAAACUUGAGCCAGUGAGCAACAGGCGCAAGACGAUCUGCGGCACCCCGAAUUACCUUUCUCCAGAAGUGCUGAAUAAACAGGGCCAUGGCUGGGAGUCGGAUGUCUGGGCCCUGGGCUGUGUUAUGUACACUCUGCUCCAGGGCAAACCUCCAUUUGAAACCAACAACUUAAAGGAGACGUAUCGCUGUAUUAAAGAGGCUCGCUACUCUUUACCUUCCUCCCUGUCCCUCCCAGCCAGGCAGCUUAUUAGCAGCAUGCUCUCCCGUGACCCAGCCGAUCGCCCGCGGCUUGAAGAGAUCGCACAGCAUGAUUUUCUCUCUCAGGUCAGUUUUUGUUUAGUGGACUUUGUAUUUAAAACGCCAAGGGUUUUUAGCACUGAAAUCUUAACUGGUGAUUCCACACAGGGUUUCAUGCCAGAGACACUGCCCUCCAGCUGCUGCCUUUCUGCUCCGGACUUCCACAUCUCCAGCCCUGCCAAAAGCUUUUUCAGGAAGGCAGCUGCUGCCCUGUUUGGGGGAAAAAGAGACAAAGCCAAGUACUAUGAGAAUCUCAAUAAGACAGCCAAAGAAGAAGAUGACAUUUACAAACUCUGCGAUGACCUCAAGACCACCUCUAUCAGUAAACAGCCUGCCACACCAUCUGCAGAGGAAAAAGGAACGCCGUCACUACCGGCCAGAAAGCCUGUUUCCCAGGCAACAGUCACACAGCCUGAAGCCCGAGACACCAUCCUCAUGAUCGUCAGAGGCAGCCUCGGGAGCUACAGCAGCAGCAGUGAAUGUCUGGAGGACAGUACAACAGGUUCGGUGGCAGAAGCCAUCGCCAGUGUUUUACGAGGCUGCCUUGAACACAUGCCCACAGCUGAGAAAUUACCUAAGGCUAGUGGAUGCAGCAGUAUGCAGUGGGUGACGAAGUGGGUUGACUAUUCCAACAAAUAUGGCUUUGGUUAUCAGCUGGCCGACAACACUGUGGGCGUCCUCUUCAACAGUGGAACACACAUGAGUCUCCUAGCUGACAAAACAACUGUACUGCAGCAUGCUGUGAUGGGUCAGUGUGCUGUGAUGUACACAACAGAUGUUCCUGAGAACUGUGUGGGCCAGGUCACUAUUCUCAAGUACUUCGCUCACUAUAUGGAGGAAAAUCUGAUGGAUGGAGGUGAUAUGGUGAUUGACACAGACGCUGAAAAGCCCAGACUCUAUCUGCUGCAAUGGCUAAAGUCCGACCGGGCUCUGAUGAUGCUCUUUAAUGACGGCACUUUCCAGGUAAACUUCUACCAUGACCACACCAAACUCAUCCUGUGCACCCAGCAGGACGACUACCUCCUGACGUACAUCAACGAGGAGCGAACAUCCGCCACUUUCAAGCUGAGUGCACUCCUGAGGGCCGGCUGCACGUCAGAGCUGCGCAGCCGUAUGGAAUAUGCACUCAACAUGCUCCAGCAGAGAUGCAAAAGAGAGCCGUGAAACUGCAUGUCCUGUUCUGUGUGCGUGCGUGUGUGUGUGUGUGUGUGUGUGUGUGUGUGUGUGUGUGCACGAGAAAAAUCUGUGAACAGAACGUUGGCUAAAGCAUGAAAGCAAACUGGAACUGUUAAUUAGUGUGUAAGUGGUAAUUAAUGCUAAAAGACUGUUAGAGAAAGUGUAAUUGGGGAGAAGGUGCUGUGAAUUAAAGAUAGUGGAGUUUACGGGGUGGAAGGAGAAAUGAAUGUAGCAUUAUAUAUUUUGUAUGAGCUAAGUGAAGAGAGACUGGGCUGGAACCAGGACUAGAGGAAGAUAGCCAUGUUUGAAGAAACUCAGAGAUGAAACUGGAUUUAAAGCAAAAAAGAAAAAGUCUGUUGAGAUUUGUGUUUUUCGCAUGUCAGUGUGCGUGUGUGAGACCACUUUAUUUGUUAGAUAUUAGCGUAUAUUUAUUAUGUAUAUAUUUAUUUAUUUAUUUUUUAUUUAUUAAUAAAACUCAAUCUAAAUAAAGUUCAGUUUUUUCACUGUG